AUGAGGAAGAAAACUAUUUCACAAAAGCCUCCACGUGAAAAGAUCUUCAAGCUUCCUGCAAAACAAAAACCUUCUACCUACUAUCAAGACCGAACAUUCACUCUCUCUCCUUCUCCUCCUACCUUACCUCCUCAGUCGGAUCCAAUGGCUUGCACUAAGAACCCCUCAAGGUUUCCACCUUCAGCCAAGCAGACACCACCACCAAAGGAACCUCCUUCUAAACCUGGUUUGUUGAAGCCAAGCUCUUCGAAAGAGAAACGCCUAGCUGCUACCGAACCUACCUCUGAGCCCACUCAACCUAUGAUAAAGUCUGUUCCCUUGCAUUUUCAGAGAGGUAAACCUCAACUCCCUCUUAAAUCUAUUAGAGAACCAGACACAGAUCCCUUUGCUCAUAACUCCUAG